GGGUGCUGGGCGCAGCGGCCCAGGUCCCCGCGCCCGGCCUGUUCGUGGCCGCGUGGGCGCAGCGGGGCUCGACGGCUGCCACCUGGCCGUCAUGGCCGCACACGGAAAGCUGAGGCGGGAGCGGGGGCCGCAGGCCGAGUACGAAACGCAAAUCAAAGAGAUGCGUGGACAGCUGAAUGAGCAGCUGCGCUGCCUGGAGCUGCAGGGAGAGCUUCGGCGGGAGCUGCUGCAGGAGUUGGCCGAGUUCACACGCCGCCGUGCCGAGGUGGAGCUGGAGUACUCCCGGGGCCUGGAGAAGCUGGCAGAGCGCUUCUCCAGCCGUGGAGGCCGCCUCGGGGGCAGUGGCCGGGAGCACCAAAGCUUCCGCAAGGAGCCUUUGCUCCUGUCGCCCUUGCAUUGCUGGGCCGUGCUGCUGCAGCAUACACGCCAGCAGAGCCGGGAGAGUGCGGCCUUCGGUGAGGCGCUGGCUGGCUCCUUGACCCAGCGCCUCAAUCACAUCGCCGAGGACGUGGGGCGCAUUGUCAAGAAGAGUAAGGACCUGGUGCAGCAGCUGCAAGAGGAGCUUCUGGAGGUGGUGUCAGAGCUGCAGGCGGCCAAGAAGACUUACCAGGUGUACCGUGUGGAGAGUACGAAUGCCGAGGCGAAGCUGCGAGAAGCUGAGCGCCAAGAAGAGAAGCGCACAGGCCGGACUGGCCCGGUCACCCCGUUAGCUGCCCCUGGUGGUGUGGAGACUGGGCCCCUCCGCAAGAGCUCUGUCAAGAAAGGCAGCCGGCUGCUGGAAAAGCGUCAGGCCAGGUUCCUGGAGCACAAACUCAAGUGCACCAAGGCGCGCAAUGAGUACCUGUUGAGCCUGGCGAGCGUCAAUGCCGCAGUCAGCAACUACUACCUGCGGGACGUCCCGGACCUCAUUGACUGCUGUGACACAGGCUUCCACUUGGCCUUGGGGCAGGCGCUGCGGAGCUACAUGGCCGCUGAGAGCCGCACCCAGGCCUCCCAGAUGCAGGGCCUGGGCAGCCUGGAAGAGGCUGUGGAGGCUCUGGACCCUCCUGGGGACAAGGCCAAGGUGCUUGAGGUGCAUGCAAGUGCCUUCUGCCCCCCACUGCGUUUUGACUACCAGCCGCAUGAGGGGGAUGAGGAGGCUGAGAUCCAAGUAGACAUGGAGCUGAGGGAUGAACUUCUGCCCCGAGCCCAGAACAUCCGAAGCCGCCUGGACCGACAGAGCAUUGAGACCGAGGAGGUGAACAAGACGUUGAAGGCGACCCUGCAGGCCCUACUGGAGGUGGUGGCAUCUGAGGAUGGAGACACACUGGAUUCUUUCCAGGCCAGCCCCUCCAGCGAGUCCCUCAAGUCCAGUAGUUCAGACCCGGGCAGUCGGCAGCUGGGCCGGAGGCGGGGCCAGCAGCAGGAGACAGAGACCUUCUACACCACGAAACUGCAGGAGUACCUGAGCGGACGGAGUGUCCUUGCCAAGUUGCAGGCCAAGCACGAGAAGCUGCAGGAGGCCAUCCAGCGAGGUGACAAGGCAGAGCAGGCGCUGUCUCGAACCCAACACAUGCAGAGAAGGUUCCAGAAGAGCCGCCAGCCCCGCCCCACUUCGCAGUAUAACCAGAGACUCUUCGGAGGAGACAUGGAGACAUUUAUCCAGAGCUCAGGCCAGCUUGUGCCCCUGGUGGUGGAGAGCUGUAUCCGCUUCAUUAAUCUCAAUGGCCUGCAGCAUGAGGGCAUCUUCCGGGUGUCAGGUGCCCAGCCUCGGGUCUCAGAGAUCCGCGAUGCCUUCGAGAGAGGGGAGGACCCACUGGUGGAAGGCUGCACAGCCCACGACCUGGACUCCGUGGCUGGGGUGCUGAAGCUCUACUUCCGGAGCCUGGAUCCCCCACUCUUCCCUCUGGACCUGUUUCAGGAGCUUCUGGCUUCGGCGGAGCUGGAGUCGGUGGCCGAACGGGUGGAAUCUGUGAGCCAGCUGCUGGCCAAGCUGCCUGGCUCGGUGCUGGUGGUGCUGCGUUACCUUUUCACCUUCCUCAACCACCUGGCCCAGUACAGUGACGAGAACAUGAUGGACCCCUACAACCUGGCUGUAUGCUUCGGGCCCACGCUGCUGCCUGUGCCGACGGGGCAGGACCCCGUGGCCGUGCAAGGCCGCCUGAACCAGCUGGUGCAGACACUCAUCAUGCAGCCAGCCAGGGUGUUCCCACCCGCCACCGUGCUGCCAGGUCCCGUGUACGAGAAGUGUAUGGCACCACCAGCUGCCAGCUGCCUGGGGGGCAUGCAGCUGGAGAGCCUGCCAGGGGAGCUGGAGCCAGAAGACAGCGAGGGGCUCCCCUCCAUGCCUGCCCCAGGGGCCUCCGCAGUGUCCCCCUCGGACCUGGAGGCCGGCAUGGAGGCUGUGGCUUGCUUCGCGUACACGGGCCGCACAGCACAGGAGCUGACCUUCCAGCGUGGGGAUGUGCUGCGGCUGUACACGCGGGCCUCUAGUGACUGGUGGCGGGGAGAGCUCGGUGGUGUGCGGGGGCUCAUUCCCCACAAGUACAUCUCGUUGCCUGCUGGGCCUGAACCGUGCACCCCGGCGGAGACUGCAGGCCCCACUGGGCGCAGGGGCCCUUUGCUUCCCGCACCCCCCGAGCGACCCGUGGAGGUGGACAAGGCUGUGGCGCAGCGCAUGGAGUCCGUGUUUCAAGAGUUGCUAGGAAAGACGUCUGCCGCCUCUUCUGGCUCUGGCACCCGCAGCCCGCAGUCUGCAGCCUGUGGCCGCCGAAGCCAAAGCUGAGGCUUCUCCCGUGGUCCAGCGGAGGCCCAGCUGCAGGGCCUGGACUCCACCUUGAAGCCACACUGAGCUGUCAUGGCUAGCUCUUGGCCAGCCUCUGCCCUGUUUCCCUGAGAGCUGUUGGCAAGGCUGCCCACUGCCCCCGGCCCCAUGGUUGCCCUCAGUCCUAGCUUAAGCUCCUCCAGGAGGUAGCCAAGCAAGGAAGCUGGGGUCCGCCCCUCUGUGGCUUCGCUCAGCGGUGGCCUCUGGUGUGGGUGGCUGGGUGGGCAUUGGUGAUAACUCAUAAAGACCUGUGUGCUCAUUG